AUGGCCUACAAUACAGUCUCUGAGGUCACUUCAGAGUCUGUUAGCAAUGUGGCCUCCACCACAGUCUCUGAGUCCACCAUGCCAUAUACAAUAGCACCUGUGAGCACCACAGCCUCCAGCACAGGCUCAGAGACCAUCAAGUCCACCAAGGCUUCCUCAUCAGCCUCUCAGCUCACCACAGGUGCCAGGACCACUGGAACCAGACCAGCUACCCUCAUCUCUGUCACCACGGCCACUGGAAUGGACUCCACAGCCCCUGCUAUCAGCUAUACCAUUCCUGGAACAGGGCUGAAUAAUUCUGGCCCGGGCACAUCCAAUGUUGGAGCAUCAUCUACCACCUCAGUCCGAGGUACCAAGACCACCAGGACAAGAUCCACCCAUGAGCCGACCACCACUGCUGGAACCAGUACCACCUCCCAGAAAACAGGCGCAGUCACCGCGGGCACAGACACAGUUAGUGUGAGCCACACGCCAACAAACACGACUAAACCAAGCGGAUAUUUGCAGCCCUGGACCACCAUCCUCAUCUCCCUGGCUGCAGUUGUGGUCGGUGUUGGGCUGCUGGUAGGACUGAGUUUUUGCCUGAGGAGCUUUUCCUUCCCCCUGACAAAUAUUGGCACUUAUUUCCCUCAUGACUACAGCUUUGGCCUUGGUAUGGACCUGGGCUCAGGACUGGACUCUGGAAUGUUCCACAGUCUGUGAAAUGAACUGGUCCGUGGAGAAACACAUGGCUUUGGACACAGAAUGGGUCAUGGGGUGGGCUAUGAAUUGAGCCACAGCCGUGGGGAUGGUUAUGGCAUGAAUCAUGGCAGGAGUCAUGAACACGGAGGAGGCCAUCACAAUAGCCAUGAAAUGGAUCACAGAGGAGGCCGCUGA